UUGAACAGCAAGUUGACCUCGGGACUCGAACCCAGGACAGCCGGGCGGAGGACCGGUGCGUCAGCUCCACCAACGGCGUCACCCGGCGCUCCCGAUGCUCUUGUUUUGAAGGCGGACUAGACCUCUUUCCGGUUGUGUGCCGUCCUUCCUUUGUGUACAUUGCCACCGUGUGUUUCGGGAUCUGGAGGAAGAUAACGGGUCCCCUCCAGCCUAGAAAAGGAAAAAAAAAAAAAAAAAAAACCGCUGCUCCCCCUGUUUGAUGCGCACAUGUACAGCUUGCGUUGCGGUUAUCUCAGGAGGAGCGUAGAGCCCAGGCCCGCUUUUGCAGCCUCUCCGCCGGACUGUUUGCUGGGAGCUCAGUAGCUAGCUGAGUUGAUGGUGAUGGUGAUGAUGAUGCAUCUGAGGAUUUAUCCCGGUGUCUCUCUCUGAGAUGAAACCAGCGACGUUCAACUGAAGCUGCUAACGGAGCCCGAGAAGACCUGGAUGGCUAAAUGGGGGGAGAAGUAGCUCUAUCGCACAGGGUUUUCUUUAACAUUUUUACCCUUUUAAACCUGAAUCCAGAUCAGAUUUAACAGACGUAACAUGCCGACUAGCAGAGAUAGCCAUUUUUUAGCUUAGCCGUACAGUUGAUCUCGCUUCGAUCAGACCACCGGCCGUCCUUGGAUGCUUCAGUGACAUUUAUUGGACGGUGCGUUUCAGGAUGGCACAGCUGUUGGACGGUGCCGGCAAACUGAGCUGGGUACUCCUCAAGUCUGUGCUCCGUUUCACCUUCAUGUUCCUCAACAACUGUGUGGCCAUCCCGUCCUACUGCUUGUACCUGCUGCUCCUCCAGCCGCUGAGAAUAUGCUACAGCUCCGCUUUCUGGCACAUCGAAGGAGUUAUGUUCAAAUGGCUGCUGGCCAUGGUGUCUUCGUGGGGCUGGAUCUCAGGUUAUACAGUCACAGAGUGGGGUGAUGACGUGCGGGACAUCUCUGAAGAAGAAGCCAUGGUCAUUGUCAAUCAUCAGUCCACUGGGGAUGUUUGUACUCUCAUGAUGUGCCUGCAAGACAAGGGCACGGUGGUGCGGAAAAUGAUGUGGUUGAUGGACCAUGUGUUCAAAUACACCAAUUUUGGUCUAGUGUCCCUGAUUCACGGGGACUUCUUCAUCAGACAGGGUAAAGCUCACAGAGACAAGCAGCUGGUCUACUUGAAGGAGCAUCUAGAAAAAUACUACCACAGCCGCGACAGAAAGUGGAUAGUUCUCUUCCCUGAGGGCGGCUUCCUCAGGAAGAGGCGAGAAACCAGCCAGAUGUUUGCAAAGAAAAACUCUCUCCCUCACCUGACCCAUGUCACGUUGCCUCGCCUCGGGGCCACCCACAUUAUCCUGAAAACCCUCUCAGCUCAGCAGGAGAACGGCAGCGUGGGCAGCAACACCGGGACCCGGAACCAAACAGUUAAUAAAAGCAAAGGCCUGCAGUGGGUAAUAGAUGUGACCAUAGCGUACCCUAAAGCAAGACCGAUGGACAUCCAGACGUGGAUCUUUGGCUACAGGCCUCCUACAGUCACACAUGUACAUUACAGGAUGUACCCAAUAAAAGAGGUUCCUAUGGAGGCAGGGGCCCUGACUGACUGGCUAUAUCAGAGGUUCGUGGAGAAAGAGGAGUUGUUGGCCCACUUCUACGACACAGGUUCAUUCCCUCCUCCAGAAGGCCAGAAGGAGGCAGCUUCCCGGCAGAUGACCCUCGACCCAGUGUGGCUGUGCAUGGUCCAGUCUUUUGCGUUUGCCUCUGGCUACAUGUGGUACAAUGUCCUCCAGUACCUCUACUGCUGUUUAUUUUGAGCGCGCGCGCGGACGAGCUGGGAGUCUUUAUCGGACCACUGGAAAAGCCUCAGGAUCAGUCGCCGUGUGUGUGCGUGUGUGUGUGUGUGUGUAUGUAUGUGUGUGUGUGUGUGUCAGCGUGUGUGUGGGUGUGACCCAACGUCACACUUGACCCCUCCCCCUCCUUACGAUGGAUGAAUGUACAUCUGCAGCAUUGGAGAGACCUCACAGGAAACCAGGAAUAACUAAAUAAUAAACACAGAUAGGUAACUCGCACCCAGGCCCAACGCCACAUAUUUGCUCCAGCGGAAUAAUCUCCCACCCUUCACUAUUCACAUUUUAAUGUUUACACGUUCUCAUACAUGUAGACACUUACAUGACUUUUAUUGGACGGUGAUGAAAGGAGGCUCAGGACUCCUCUAGAAGAUGCUCUGGACCGGACUCUCUCCCGCUCUCCGAGGCUUCAGCCGUAGUAGUUUUACAGAGUAUGCUGUACGUCUGGACAUGUUUGUGAACAUAAAUUCGUUCAACUAGAAGCUAAACGCCGUCACUCUUCCUCCCUGCGAGAGUCGCCGAAGCCCCCCUGGACCUCUUGUUGAGCCUGCCAAUGAUUCAGCUGGCUACACGCUGCAGGGCGAGUGGCUCUUUAAAUGUUGAGGCGACGCAGCCGGCCACUCCUCCGGCCUUCAUUGCACUAAGGAUCCAUACUGCCCUACUGCUCCCUGCCCCAGGAAAGACUUCAGAAUGGUAGCUGUCAAUCUUUUAGUUUAUUUUAUUAUAUUCCUUUAACCCGCAUAUCUUCACAACAACCCCCAUUGUAUUUGUUGUCUGUUUUUUUUUUGGGAAAGGGGGAUUGUUUUUAAUCGUCAGGACUGUUUCUGUCCAUGUGUAUGUUGUGGCAGACCUUGCUGAAAAAGUGGGAUAAUGCUUCUACUUCUGCUGAAAGUCCGAAGGGAAAAGAUGGGCCGACUGCUCACCUACAACUUACAGUGCUGUGAAAAUAUUUCACUCGUUUAGACUUUUUUUUUGAUUUUUGCUUUUUUUUGUCACACUUAAAUGUUUCAGAUCAUCACACAAAUUUUAAUAUCAAACAAAGAAAACCUCAAACAAAAAACAAUUUUCAGAUGAAAAUUCAGUUUAUCUGAAAAACCAACCUGGACCCAUGUGAAAAAGUAUUUGUCCCCUGAAGCUGACAACUGGGUGUUUAAUCACUGGCUGCAGCAACAGCCUCCACGUAUUAGCCAAACGGGAGUAUUUUACAUCACUAUGGAGGAAUUUUGGCCCACUUUCAUUUGCAGAAUAAUUUGCUUUCCUUUUUUUGAGCCUUUUUAGAGGUGGACUUGUUGGUGUGCUUUGGAUCCUCUGCAUAACUCAACUAUGCUUACGCUUAAAGUGAUGAACUGAUGGCUGGGCGUACAAAAUUUGUGGUUCUGUCAAUUACGGCAAGUCGUAAAUGACAGCUUGUUAUCUGAAAAUCAUUUCUAAACCACAUUUAACAAGACACACACCUUCCAAAUUGUUAUUGAGUGAGACGGACCUUUUCGUUCUUUUUGGUUAGCCUUGUCUGAGGCAAGUGUUGUUGUUCUGGGUUGUUUUGUGACCUCCUGGAUGAGUCAUUGAUGCACACCUGGAAUAAUUUUGAUAGACUGGCUACUCCUGGGAAAGUUCACCACUAUUCCUUGUCGUUUUUUUCAUUUGUGAAUAACAGCUAUCACUGUAGUUCAGAGGCCCAGAGCCUUAGGAAAAACUUUGUAAGCGUUUUCAGAUUCAUAGAUGUCAGUGACUUUGCUUCUAACCUGUUUUGAGAUUAUUCAGCGUACUUCGUGUUGUCAAUCGGGUUCUAUUUAAAUCAUUUCAUGGUUUUGGUGUCGUUAAAGGCAUUGAACCAAAAAAAUGUGGCCAAUCACUUUUGACCACAUUUUUAAUCACUUUUAUUGAUAAAAGGGGACCAAUUAUUUUUUCACACUGGGACAGGUUUGUCUGGAUGGCUUAUUUUGUCUUAUUAAAUAAAAUCAUUAUUUGAAAACUGCAUUUUCUAAUUACUCGGGUUGUCUGCCUGAUAUUAUUAGUAUUAGUAUUAGUAUUAUUAGUAUUUGUUUGAUGGGCUGAAUCAUUUAAUUGUGAUUUUUUAAAAAAAAACAGAAUAAAUCUGAAAGCUGUGUAAUUUUUUUGACAGCACUGCACCUUGUGGACUCUUCGGUUUACCCCGCUACGCUGCAACUCCCACACAAACACAUUCAUGUGUCAAUGCAAAACUUCUGUUCUGACAGUAAUUUCAGCAAAGCUGAAUUGAGAAAACAGAUAUUUAAGCCAUAUACUACUUAUUGUUGGCGGUGAGAAAGUACAUUUUGUUCCUUGAUUUUAUAGAAAGCUACCCUAAUGUUUAUCAUUCUACAAUAGAGAUUUUGGCAUUCAGAGUUAUAGGUGUCAUAACUGUAAAUUUACAGCAUAACCUGCCUAAAUGAGUAUGUGUGGUCGUCUUUACCCCUCAUUUUUAUAUAUAAAACUCAUGUCGUGUUGCUCUGUGACGUCACAGUUCGGAAACUGUUUCACCUCCAGUGGUCAAAUUUUUAUUUCAAAUUUUUUAUUUUUAUUUUUUUUUUAGAUUACGUAAACUGUUCUUUCUCCAUGUCAUAGUAUGUUUCAAUCUUGUACAUAACAAAGUUGAGAAAAUGUUAGAACUGACUGCAGUGUCUCAUUGUUGAUCUUUGAUCAUUUCAAAAAAAUCUUACUUUGAAAUAUGAAUGUUUAAGAAAAAAAAAGAAGAAAGGAUUUUACCUUUAACUUUACAGUAUUACCCUGUAUUUUUUAUUUUUUUUUUUUUUUGUAUUUUUUUGGAAAUGUGCUUAUAAGGUUAUAGAUGCUGUAGCUCCAUGUUUGUAUUGACACACAGGAGCCUCAGUUGCAAACUGUUUAAAUAAUUAUUUAGAAGAAGAGAUCUCAAGCCUUACCGGAUGUGCCGGUUGAAUACAAUCUCAAACAAUGCUGUUUCCUCGCGUUCCCUCUUGACACCUUUAGGUUUGAUAUAUUUUUUUCUGAAAAUGGUUCUGAGGUGUUGAAAUGAAACUGGUGGAGUGCGGAAGGAGCAACCGUCACAAAUGAGGGAAGCUCUUUCGAAUGUACCCGUGUUGUGGUUUUAAGGUUGGGUAUUUGUAACUUUCAUCGAGGAGCAGUGGUUAUCGUUGUCAAGCUAAUGCAAAAAAAAAAAAAAAAAAGGUGCAUUUUAGUUGCUGCCCUCCUGCUGUGCCACUGUUGGUAAAAACUGUGUGAAAAACAAAAAAAGGGCUACCUGAUUAGGUAGGUGAAAACAUUUUGAAUCAGACUGUAAAUGCGUUUCAUCCACUGUCCCUUUCAGACUCCCCUUCAUUGUGAGAGUGACUUGAAAUAAAGCAUUAUCUUUCUGCUUUUAUUUUUUUAAUUUUUAUGUUUUCACCAUGUUUCCAAAGAAGGCAGGGAAAUGUUUUCAAGAUGUGGUUUUAGGAAAUGAACACAUUAGAAAUUAAAACAUUAUGCUACAGUUGUCUCUGAUUUUCCAUUUUGUACUUCUCCUUUUAAUUCCUAGCUACACAGCCAUUUUACAACACAAGCAACUUGUGCUGGAAUAAAACAUCAUAAAGAUCCUAA